AUGAUGCUUGAGAAAUUGAAAGAUCCCUUCCUUAGAAGUAAUUUUCCUCCAGAGUUUGAAAAAUUAUUCAACGUGUGUCGAAUUGCUCUGCGCGCGUCUGGCAUUCUCGCCAUCAACUCAAUCUUCUACAAGUCGAAAGAAACACCAAAUUUGAGGAUAGUGUAUUAUUUCCUCGGAAUAUUGCCAGUUGUUUUCGUCUUCAUUUGUGAAACUUUGAGCAUAAUCCACUUUUGGGGAUCGAAUGUUUAUUUGGCUUUGGAGAUAGCGACUUCAGUGCUGAGUGGAUUUGUGGUCAUAGUGCAGGGAUUCUGCAUGUACUACUCUAGGGAAUCCUUUCUGGACCUCAUAGCGUCGAUCCGUGAUUUAUGGAAAGCCCGGAUUCAUGAUAUUGAUGAUAAUGCAGUAAGAAAAGUCAAAGCUGCGCACUUUUUUACACAGUUUUACGCUAUUCUUGUGAUAGCUCUUGCCAGCAGCUACACUCUUCGACCUUUUUGUCUGCUACUAGGACACAUCGUAACCAGCAAGAAUGAGACGUAUGACUUGAGCCAAACAGCCUACCCCGCAAUCUACCCAUUCCGAAUCGACAGCUUGAAUAAAUACGUCAUAUGUAUUUCCGUAGAAUUUCUCAUAUUUAUCAGCGUAGGUGCAUGGUGGAUAGCUGCCGACAUGGUUUUUCUACAAUUAGCGACGCAUUUGUCUCUGCAAUAUCAAAUACUGAACGAUGAACUUAUGACGCUCGCAACUCAAAAUGGUUCAUCUACAGCGAGUAAUAACGCGUUGAUUCACCAAUUGGAUUCUAUCGGCAAACGGCACACCCAUUUAUUGCUAUUGUCCAAGAAAUUCCAUCGAAUAUUCAGCCCCAUAUUACUGGUCCUCAUGCUGGUGACAAGCGCUAACAUCUGCAUAUGCAUUAUAAACCUUCAGGAGGCACUUGCUCACCGGAAUUAUGCAGAGGUCAACAAAUGUGUUGUACAUACUGCCGUUACGAUGAUUCAACCAGCCAUUUACUGCAUAUAUGCUGAUGAACUCGUUGAGAGAGUUGAGGAAACGACAACUGCAGCAUAUGAAUGCGCUUGGGUGGGUCAGUCCCAAAAUUUCCAAAAAUCAGUGCGACUCGUGGCCAUGUGUGCGCAGAAAGGUCUAAACUUUCGGACCUUCGGAUUUUUCAACGUUGACCUGACACAGCUGACACAGGUGCGAUCACCAGAAUAA